GGACGGUUGAUAUACAUCCAUGAGAGAAAAUGUCUCGCUCCUUGUUCCAUCCCAGCCGUUGGUUCCAUACAGGACGGAGGAAAUGGCUCCGUGAGUGCUUCAGUUUUUCCACGGCGGCGAUGGCGGCGGCGGCGGGGGCGGGGGCGUUCGAGGAGAUGCUGCGGGUGGUGGAGGCGUGCGCGGUACGCAUCAGGUGGCGUCUCCGCCCCGGCUCCAAGCGCCGCCUCCUCAACGAAGCCAAUUCUUCCACUAUACCAUUACAUGAUCUACCUUGGUAUAUCCUCUUUCUCUGCACUGGGUUGCGGCCUGUGGUACUGGUGGACUACGGUGGCAAAAUGCCUCAGCUACAAGAGAAUCUUUGCAGCCUUCUGCAUGAUGCCCGGCAGGAAACAAGCAUGUUGAAUCCACUUCGAGUAAUGGUUAUUAAUGAUAUGCUUUACUUGAUCCAUGUUAAAGGACUUGCUGAACAUGCAUCGCCAAAAGAAAGGUCACAGCGCCAGCUAGCUUUCGUGGACCUAGAGAAAAGCUGUUGCGAACUGCUUACAAACAUAGAAGCGAAUGACACUGUGCUGGAGCUUGUAUCUAUCCAAGAUCGAUUUUCAGCCAAAUUCCCUGUUGAAGCAGCUGUAGAUGUGCCUGUCAUUCGACCUGGAAUAGCAAAGCAAAUGUCAGGACUUCCAGAGAGAACUAUUGAUGCAGAGUGCACUGACAAUCACGUUGACAACAGGACAUUACUGGUGGUUGAUCUGAGUUCCUUCCUCGAGACCGCCCAAAUUACCUUGCCCUCUCUGAAUGGGUGGCUUUUAAAUUAUCCAGUAACAUAUUUAUUCCGCAAUGGAAGUGAUGAGGCAGCUAUACAGAAUCUCUCCAAGCACUCUCUGCAUAUCUACCGAGUAUAUGUGUGUGGAAGUUGUCAGUCAGGUGCCAAACAAUCAGAAGAGGAACUGAUGAGUUUUUCAGUUCCUUGUGGCCUGAGCACGAAGCGUCAUGAAGAGCCAUGGGCCAAAUCAUUUAUAGCUCGCAUGAAUGAGAAGCUCAGGCGAUGCAGCCAAGUCUGGACAUCCAUGAGAUUAGAAGUUAAGGUUUUCCAUAGCCAAUCGCAGGUCAUCGUGUUAUAGUUGGCCAGGGUGCACUUUUACGGCAGGAAGAUCAGCGACGUGUCAAAAGUGCCGCCACCCUGGUCCCUGAAGUUUGUAGGCCUUGAUCUGUUGCUGACUUGCUGCAGGUCAAGGUUUUCUGUACUGACAUCCAUGAGAGUUCCUCUGUACCAUGAACCAUUGAGCUUUUUUGUACAAACAUCCAUGAGUUGUAUAUUGUGCUCGAGUUUUUGUUUGAAAUUUCAAUAUGAAUGGAAAACAAGUGGCGGAAACGUGAAAAUUAUUGGAGCGCGCUAUGAGA